CUAACAUCAAUUCAUCAGGCAAGAUGGCCGAGUGGUUAUGGCGUGUGACUCAAGCGCAAGCUUCUCUGAUAACUCAGAGCGCAUUCUCAUGGGCUUUGCCCGCGUGGGUUCGAAUCCCACUCUUGUCAACAUCUUUACGAUCUUCUUUUUUUGCCUUUUUGGCAGAACCUUUUUUUUCUUGCUCGUGCAUCUGCAGGAGGACAGCUGCAGGUUUCUAAGGCUUGUUCUUUUUUUUAUUUGUUUAAUAUUUACAAUCAACUAACAAGGCUACUUCUCUGUGCGCAAAGAUUAUAAUUCCUAACCUUGGGCUUUUGUAGCCCUUCGUGUCUGUCGUGUCUGUAUU